UCUAUCGAGCAUCACUGUUACAUUAACGGCUACAUUCAAUUCAAUCAUUCAUAUUGUACAUUGUACCCGACAGAAAAACUUCCACGCGAGUUUAAAAGCAAAGAAAUUGACCCAGAAAGGUCCAAACAAGAAUGGAAGACGUUGGAGAAGUUCCAGAUGCUCCGCCGGACGCAAUCGGAUGCAAAACAUUACCACAAAACACAUUUAGGCUAGAAAAGUUCGACACGAUGAAAGUGCAAGACAUGGUGGAGUUCAAGACCAGAAGAUCGAAGAUCGACCACGAGAAACGUCCGCACGAUUGUCGGAUCAACCAUAAAUGCACAUUGGAGCAACCGCAAAGCUUUUACUUCGCGAGAAUGAUGGACUUCGCGGAGAGAUUGCCCGAGAACAGCAUGGCCCCCGAAUGGGAGGAGAACAUUCGAAGUUUGAUAGCGGAUCGGUUACGGUUGAAAUACGUUGUCACUUUCGAGGAGCAAAUGAACGAGGCGAAGACGCGUUACGAACGGGUGAUGCACGAACAGGCAGUGAGACGCACAAUCGCGUUAGAGUGCGAGGAACGAUGCAACGAGAAUCUGAUACCGAUACCGCCGUACAAACUAGCAGGCCGAACGAACCUUUAUCCGAGAUACUUGAGAAACCGUUGCGUGAUAACGAAGAAAUUCUACUUACCUCACAAGCUGAUGAGAAACAUAAUCGCCAGGGCAUACUUACUGAUGCCGCGAUGGAUAUGCGACUUCGGCCGUUACCGAGAAUUGGGAUAUCUCGAUUUCAACAGGUUCCUGGACUUAGUGGAAAUGGAUACGAAAAAAGGCGCGCUCGACGUCACUGGCACCUACUAUGGCGACAUCGUGCGGCUGAUCUCGCAACCACGUUACCUCUACGACGUACCCCCACUCACUCUACCCGAUUUCCUCAACUGUGCCGACAAUUUGCUCGGCUUACAAGUCGUUAAAUGCAUGAUAAACACCAUCGAACAUCUGCUCGAAGUUUUUAGCAACCGGAUCACCGUCCCGCUAUUGAAACUGCAACUUAAGUGUGAAAGGAACGAGCUGUUUCUCAAACCAUCGAUUCGGGAGAUUUGUCUCUUUUUCCACGAUGUCAUGGAUCAGAUCCGCAAUGUUGGACAGCAAUUACCGACCCUGUCGUCUUGGGUCAAUGUAAAAUCUUACCUCGACCAUAUUAAAGUCAUAUUACCUGAAUGGUACUUGGAGGAAGCUUAUGAACGUCUCACGCUUGUUCUGGACGAGACUUAUCGGCCAUUGAUUGAUUACGUUGAGAACCUGCGAGAACAGUUUCGAUUCAUCUUCGAUUCAAAGACACGGGAUGAAUUUGUAGCGUUCGCACGCUUAGGGGUUCGUUUCAGAGAAUGUGUGGACAAGGUCGAGGAUUUCAAUCGAAUUAUUCGUAUGAUUCAUGGCAUGCCGCACCACGAGUAUUUCCCCGUGGGAUUCAUCGAUCAGGCUGCCGCAAAAGCGGGUCUCCUCGAAAGCACAGAAGCCGUGCGCCAAUCAAUUAUUGCAGAACUGGUGGAAAGUCACCGGUACUUCAACCUUGAAAUCUGUAACACUUUCGAGGCAAUAAAAAAGCGAGCUUUGAACAUACCGAACACUACUAAAGAGUUGCUCGAAUUGGGCGAGUACAUGAUAAUGGCCGCGUCGACGACGAUGAGGUCGCUGGAAGAGAAGAUCACCCUGUCCUUGCGCAUGAUGGCAGCCCUAAUCGAAAUGACCGCUUUAUCCAAAGAUCAUAUCGAAUUGAACAACACCACUAUACACUGGUUGAAGCGCAUCCGACCGAUAUUCGAGCAAAACAGCGCCAUGUACGAGCAAGUCAAAUUCGAACUGGAGGAGAAGCUUCAUAACAAGGCUGAGCUUUUGAACAAGGACGUCGAAGACGAAUUUCCUAGAUUAGAGAUUAUGAACGACAUGGACGACGCGACUCGAAUUUGCGAGUACAUAGAAUUCAUGAGAAAGUUCGCGCGCGAUUUAGAUCGCAUGGACGUGAGGGUGAAAUGGAUCAACGAUGAAGAGAUGUUGUUCAAGUAUCCGCUUUCCCAGUAUCCGCGGAUCAAAGAGCUCAAAGAUAACAUAAUGCCGUAUUAUAAUUUAAUUUAUCGCGGAUACCAAUGGCAGAGGCAUCUCGGUGUCUGGUUGGACGGACCGUUCGAGUAUUUGGAUUCAUCCGACAUUGAGAACAAGACUACCGAGUACUUCAGCGAUUUCACGAAGAUCAGCAAACAGUACAGAACGAGAAUCAAAAUGGAGCUCGCGACUAAUUAUCCGUACGGUUUCGUAGGCUCGCCAGACGAUACGGAUCCCCACCAGCAACCGGCGCCCCUUAAGCUUUGCCAUCAGCUGGUCGAGAACAUCAAGUGGUUCAAGCAUUACGUGCCUCUGUUGGUGGUGUUUCGAAAUCACGCGUUGAAGCAAAUCCAUUGGGACGACAUGUCUGCGGUGGCUGGGUUCGAUCUGACUCCCAACGCGGGAACAACCUUCCGAAAGAUCAUCAACAUGAAUUUGAUGGAAGAUUUAGAAAAAUACGAAAUGAUAAGCACAAGCGCGUCCAAAGAACUCAUGCUCGAGGAAUCAUUGGCGAAGAUGAUCACCGAAUGGGAUGACAUAGUCUUCACCACUGUGUCGUACAAGGACACCGGUGUAAACAUCUUGACGCAGCUGGACGACAUCCAAGCGCUUCUAGAAGAGCAAAUCGUGAAAGUUCAAGCGAUGCGAGGAUCCGCGUUCGUCAAACUCAUAGAAGAACAAGUGAAGAACUUCUACAUGUUGCUGCUUCGAAUACAAUCGACCAUCGAGGAAUGGGCCAAGGUACAAGUACAGUGGAUGUACCUGUUGCCGAUCUUUUCGAGCAAGGAUAUCGUGGCACAGCUGCCCGAAGAAGAUAUACUGUUCGUUCAGGUUGACCGAAUAUUCCGUAGUGCCAUGAACGGUGUCGCUAGAGAGCCCCAUGUUCGGGAGACCGCAGGCUCCGUAGGCCUUUUAGAAAUCAUGCAGGAAGCGAACAUCUUGAUGGAAAAGGUGAACGAUGGUGUACUGAAUUAUUUGGAGAAGAAGAGGCUCUACUUUCCACGAUUCUUUUUCCUGAGCAACGACGACAUGCUCGAGAUACUGUCGGAGACGAAGGAACCUUUGCGUGUUCAGCCACAUCUUCGAAAGUGCUUCGAAGGAAUAAAUAAGCUGGGGUUCGACGAUCAUCUGGAAAUCUAUUCAAUGUUCAGCGAGGAUCACGAGGAAGUGGGGAUGCAGGAUAAAAUUUCAACAAGCGCGGCGAGAGGUUGCGUGGAGCGAUGGCUUGUGCAGGUAGAAGAGCAAAUGAUGAAGUCCGUGAGACACGAGAUCCUGAUGAGCUACCGGGAUUACGAGGUGAACCUGCGGCCGGUAUGGGUGCGCAUCUGGCCGGGUAUGGUUGUUCUGUGCGUCUCUCAGAUCUACUGGAGCAUAGAGGUUCAAAACAGUCUCAUGACGCAUAUGCUGUCGACGAUGGAAACGCUUUAUGAUAAACUGAUGAAGCAGAUUUUAGAGAUGGUCAAUCUAGUCAGAGGGCAGUUGACCAAACAGAAUCGGACCACCUUGAACGCUCUGAUCACGCUCGACGUGCACGCUAUGGACGUGGUAAAAUCGUUGAUCGACAAGAAGAUCACGAACGAGACCGACUUUGAUUGGUUGUCGCAGUUGCGUUACUACUGGGAGGACGACGUGUUUGUCAGGAUCAUAUACACAACGGUAUCAUAUGCGUACGAGUACCUCGGGAACACGCCUCGCCUAGUUAUCACACCGUUAACCGACAGGUGUUACCGAACGUUGAUCGGCGCGUACUCGCUGCAUCUGAACGGUGCACCGGAAGGUCCGGCGGGUACGGGGAAAACUGAGACAACCAAAGACUUGAGCAGAGCGCUGGCGGUGCAAUGCGUCGUUUUCAACUGCUCCGAGGGUCUCGACUACAAGAACAUGGGCAAGUUCUUCAAGGGUCUUGCCUCGUGCGGCGCGUGGUCUUGCUUCGACGAGUUCAAUCGGAUCGAUCUGGAAGUGUUAUCCGUGGUGGCACAACAGAUCCUCUGCAUCGUGCAAGCGGUGCGUGGCAAUCUACAGACGUUCGUGUUCGAGGGGACCGAGCUGAGCUUGAACCCGGCUGUUUACGUCUGUAUCACGAUGAAUCCCGGGUACGCGGGUCGCUCGGAGCUGCCUGACAAUUUAAAGGUGCUCUUCAGAACAGUGGCUAUGAUGGUGCCCGACUACGCGAUGAUAGCAGAGAUAUUCCUGUACUCGUCCGGCUUCAGCACCGCCCGAGAACUCUCCACGAAGAUCGUUACCACGUACAAACUGUGCUCCGAGCAGCUGUCCAGCCAGUCGCAUUACGAUUACGGGAUGCGAGCGGUGAAGACGGUGCUAACGGCCGCUCAGAAUAUCAAGCUGCAAUUCCCGGACGAGGACGAAUCGAUACUUCUGCUCAGAUCGGUGAUCGACGUCAACCUGCCCAAAUUCUUGGCCCACGACGUGCCCCUGUUCCAAGGGAUUGUGUCGGACCUGUUUCCCGGGCUGGAGUUGCCCGCGCCGAGCUACGACACGCUCCUCAAAGCCGUGCGGUCGGUCACCGAGUCCCGAAACCUGCAACCGGUCGAUGGUUUCUUGCUGAAGAUCAUACAGACCUUCGAGAUGAUGAUCGUCCGUCACGGGUUCAUGCUGGUCGGCGAGCCAUUCGGCGGGAAGACGUCGGUGCUACGUACGUUGGCUGACGCGUUGACUGCGAUGCACCAUCAGGGCGACGAAAACGGCGCGGUGACCAAGUAUUUCACGAUCAACCCGAAAUCGGUCACUCUCGGCCAGUUGUACGGGUUCUUCGACCCGGUCUCGUCCGAGUGGACGGACGGUAUUUGCGCGGUGGCCUUCCGUAAUUACUGCACCGAAGACACGCCCGAUCGCAAAUGGAUCAUCUUCGACGGGCCGGUGGACGCGGUGUGGAUCGAGAAUCUGAACACCGUGCUGGACGACAACAAGAAGCUUUGCCUGACGUCGGGCGAGAUCAUGCAGAUGUCGGGCACCAUGUCGAUGAUCUUCGAGGCGAUGGAUCUGCAGCACGCCUCGCCGGCCACGGUGUCCCGCUGCGGAAUGAUCUACAUCGAAUCGCGAGUUCUCGGCUGGAGGCCGUUCGUUCGCUCCUGGCUGAACAAACUGAACCCGGAGUGGGCCGGCCGUUAUCUGGACAACAUCGACGAGCUGUUCGAAUGGCAGAUGGAUCCUUGCUUGGAGUUUCUUAGAAAACAGUGUCGCGCGACGAUCACGGCCGGUCAGAUCCACCGGGUCGUUACAACGACGAUCCUGUUCGAGAUGCUGAUGGAAGACGCGGUCGAACAGAACCCGAAGACGUUCGACCAGUUUAUGUUGCCUUGGCUACAGGCCACGAUGGUGUCUGCGUUGAUCUGGGGCGCAGCCGGUACCCUCGACUACGACUCCCGGACGAAGUUCAACGCGUAUUACAUGUCCAUGUGGAAGAACGAGCUGUCGGAGCAUCCGAUGCCCGAAUUCCUGACUGAAAACCUGAUCUCGUUUCCUGUCGACGACACGAUUCACGACUGCUUUUACACGUACCGCGGCAGAGGCGCGUGGCGGCGUUACGUGGACGUCGCCAGACAAGAGGAGUUUCUCGACACCGGAAGCAUCGUUCAGCUCACGGUGCCCACCAUCGAUACCGUCAAGUAUCAGACUCUGUUCGAGAAGCACGUGCGUUGUCGCCAAAGAUUUCUCUUGUACGGCGAGACCGGCACCGGGAAGAGCGUCUACAUCAAGGAUCUGCUGAUGAAUAAACUCAGCGAGACGGAAUUCCUGCCGAAUUUCAUCAGCUUCACGCCUUAUAUCACGGCCGCUCAGACUCAAGAGCUGGUCACGUCGAAGCUAUACAAGAGACGUAGGAACCAGUACGGCCCGCUGCCUGGCACCCGAUGCGUCGUCUUCGUGGACGACGUGAACAUGCCCGCGAAAGAGAUCUACGGAGCCCAGCCGGCCAUUGAGCUGCUCCGGCAGUUCUUCGACCACGAGGUCUGGUUCGACCUGAAGCAGCCGGAAAUUAUCAACGUCUACGACACGAUGUUCGUCUGCGCGAUGGCCCCGCCGGGCGGCAGCCGGCAGGAGGUCUAUCAGAGGUUUCUCAGACACUUCAACCUGUUCAGCAUCAGCACCUUCACCGAGGAAACUAUCGUACGCAUCUUCACGAACAUCGCGUUCAUCGGGCUGCAGCGGCACGGCUUCACAACCGCCGCCAUGCCCUGGAUCAUAGAGAUCGUGAACGCAACCAUGAGCAUAUUUCAGAAUGCUCGGAACCAACUGAGACCUACACCCACCAAGUCCCAUUAUCUGUUCAAUUUGCGGGACUUCUCGCGUGUGAUCAUUGGCUGCACGAUGAUCAGGGAAGAGUCCGUUGACUCGAAGGCGGUCUUCGCGAGGCUCUGGGUCCACGAGAUCCUGCGAGUGUUCGGCGACCGUCUGAUCGACGACGAAGACCGACGUUGGCUCUUCCUCAAGAUCAAAGAAACGGUCGGCAGUACCUUGAGGGAGCAGUUCGACGCGUUGCUCGAUUAUCUGCCGAAGUUCGACGGCGAACUCAACGAGAAGAGCUUGCAGAGUCUGAUAUUCGGCAACUUCAUGGACGUCGACACGAUCCCGUCCGAUCGCCGGUACCAGGAGGUCCUGUCGAUGGACGAGUAUCUCCAGGUAGCCACGUCCUGCCUCGAGGACUACAAUUUAACGCACAGACACAAGAUGGACAUCGUCCUGUUCCGCUACGCGCUCGAACAUCUCGCCAGGACAUGCCGGAUCAUGGUGAUCCCAUGCGGUAGCCUGCUGAUGGUCGGCGUGGGCGGAUCCGGUAGGCAAUCCCUGACCAGACUCGCCGCCAAUAUGAUCGGUCACGGAAUUUUCCAACCGGAGAUGGGCAGCGCGUACGGUUUGCAAGAAUGGAGGGACGAUAUUAAGAAGGUGCUAAUCAAUUCCGGUAGUACGGGCAAGGACUAUGUGUUCCUGCUGACCGAAGGGCAGAUCAAGGAGGAGAUGUUUCUGAACGACAUCGACAGCCUUUUGAACUCCGGCGAGGUGCCGAAUCUGUUCACCAUCGAGGAGAGACAGGAGAUCAUCGAGGCGACCCGCUUGGCGGCGCAGGGUGGCAACCGGAACUUGGACAUAUCGGUUCUCGCUGUGCUUGCGUUUUUCGUGAACCGUUGCAAGGAGAGGCUGCACAUAAUGCUCUGCUUCAGUCCUGUCGGAGACACGUUCAGAAUCAGACUGCGUAUGUACCCCAGCCUGGUCAACUGUUGCACGAUCGACUGGUUCGACGUGUGGCCGGAGGACGCCCUGGAGCGGGUCGCUUUGCGCAGCACCACCGGCAUCAACGUCGAAGAGCGGGUCAAGGUGAACGCCGUGGUCGCCUGCAAGUUCUUCCACGUUUGUGCCAAGGACAUCAGCGCGCGGUUCUACAACUCGACCGGCAGGCAAACUUACAUCACCACCGCCAGCUUCCUUGACCUAAUUCACACCUACGCUGAACUGAUGAAGGAGAAACAAGUGGAACUUACGCUCGCCAGGGAUCGUUAUUUAAACGGACUGGACAAGCUGCAGUUCGCUGCCGAGCAGAUCGACACGAUGAGGGUGACGCUGUCGAAAUUGCAACCGGAACUGGAAAUGUCCGCGAAAGAAACGGUGGCAACCAUGCAGAAGAUCGAGACCGAGAAUGUGAGCGUCGAGAAGGCCCGGUUGCUGGUCAAAAGGGACGAGAAUAUGGCGAACGAGCAGGCAGAGGUCUCGAUGAACCUGAAGAUGGAGUGCGAAGCGGAUUUGGCGGAAGCGAUGCCAGCCUUGGAGGAAGCUAUUGCGGCUCUAAAUACCUUGAAGCCGGCUGACAUAACAGUCCUGAGGACCAUGAAAAGCCCACCUGCCGGAGUGAAGCUUGUAAUGGCGGCAGUCUGUGUGAUGUUAGAUAUACCGCCAGCCAGGAUCGAAGAUCCAAUUACUGGUAAAAAGGUGCUAGACUAUUGGGGACCUAGCAAACGUGUAUUGGGUGAUUUCCGGUUCUUGGAGACGUUGCGCCAGUACGACAAGGAUAACAUUCCAACCCGUAUAAUGCAGGAAAUCAAAACGAAAUACUUGACGGACAAGAGCUUCGAGCCGAAGGUGGUGGCGAGGGCGUCGUCGGCGGCCGAGGGCCUCUGCAAAUGGAUCAGAGCGAUGGUUCUGUACGACGAGGUGGCGAAGGUAGUUGCACCGAAGAAGGCGAAAUUAGAAGCCGCGCAAAAGGAGUACGAGGACACGGUCGCUUUCCUGAAAGAGAGACGCGCGGUGCUUGCAGAGUUGACCGAGAGGCUGGCCAUACUGACCAAGAGACUGGAAGUGGCCGUGGCCAAGAAGAUAGAGCUUCAGAACGCGGUGACCCUCUGCCGGAACAAACUGAUCAGGGCGGAGAAGCUGAUCAACGGUUUAGGCGGCGAGAAGAACCGAUGGAUGGAUGCGGCGGCUGGCCUUCAAAAAGCCUACGACACUUUACCCGGCGACAUUUUGCUCUCCUGCGGCAUCAUAGCAUACAUGGGACCAUUUACGACUAGCUACCGCGUCGAGAGCCUCGAGAAAUGGUUCGCGCAUGUUAAAGGCCUCAAGAUACCUUGUAGUAGCAAUUACGAGUUUGUAGAGAUCCUCGGCUCCGAGAUCAAGAUCAACUCUUGGAACAUUUUCGGACUGCCCAGGGACUCGUUCUCUAUCGAAAACGCCAUCAUCAUGGACAAUUCGAAGAGGUGGAGUCUGUUCGUCGACCCGCAGAGCCAAGCGAACAAAUGGAUCCGCAAUAUGGAGAAGCAAAACGAGCUGGAGAUCGUCAAGCUGACGGACGCUAAGUACAUGAACAUCAUCGAGCAGGCUUUGGAGUAUGGCAAACCGGUGCUCAUCGAGAACGUUCUGGAAAACCUGACGUCAGCCCUCGACCCCAUAUUGACCAAGUCGAUUUACAGGAUGGGAAAUAUGUGGUUCAUCAAUCUCGGGGAGAAAGCGAUCGAGUACAAUGUACGGUUCAAGUUGUACAUGACAACGAAGCUGCGGAACCCGCACUAUCUACCGGAGGUAUUUAACAAGGUGACGCUGAUCAACUUCGCGUUAACGAUGCCUGGUCUGGAGGAUCAAUUGCUGGGCAUCGUGGUGGCGAAAGAGAGACCGGAUCUGCAAGAGAAACGGGAGUUCUUGAUCGUGCAGAGCGCCGCAAACAGGAAAGCCUUGAAGCAGGUGGAGGACAACAUCCUGAAGACGUUGUCCGACUCCGGUGCGACUAUUCUCGAGGACGAGGAGGCGAUCGAGAUCCUCGACUCGUCCAAGAUCCUUUCGAUCGACAUCUUGAGAAAGCAGUCGGUCGCGAAGAAGACCGAGAUACAGAUCGAAGAGUUUCGACAAAGCUACAAGCCAAUAGCGAAACACAGUUCCGCGCUCUACUACACCAUCACCGAUCUACCGAACAUCGAUCCGAUGUACCAAUACUCGUUAAUCUGGUUCAUCAAUCUGUACGUAAACUCGAUCGACACCGCAAAUAAGAGCAAGAUCCUCGAGCGGCGACUCAUGUUCCUUAGGGAGACCUUUACGUACAAUCUGUACCGCAACGUCUGCAGAUCCUUGUUCGAGAAAGACAAGGUCCUGUACUCGUUCAUGUUGUACACGACGAUCCUGCUGACGGAGAACAUGAUCACCAGAGAAGAGCUAACGUUCUUUCUGACCGGUGGCGUCGCGUUAGCCACCGUCCCGGUGAAUCCGAUGGCAGAUUGGCUUCCGAACAAAUCUUGGGCCGAGAUCUGUCGUGUACGCUCGUUAACGGGCUUCGCCGAUUUCCAAGGGAGCUUCCUCCGUAACGGGAACGAAUGGAAACAUUACUAUGAUCUAACAAAUCCGGAGAACGCGUCGAUGCCGGAACCGUGGGAGAAGACCCUGACGCAAUUCCAAAAGCUAAUCGUCGUCAGAAUGAUUAGAACCGACAAAGUGACGAUCAUGAUCCAACGAUUUGUCCAAGAUGGAAUGGGAUUGAAGUUCGUUGUACCUCCGCCGUUCGACAUCUCCAAAUCGUUCGCGGAUUCGAACUUCUUGAAUCCGUUGAUCUUUAUCCUCUCUCCGGGUUCCGAUCCGAUGGAGGCACUGACGAAGUACGCGGAGAACGUAAAUUUUCUCGAAAGAUUCCACUCGAUCUCGCUGGGUCAGGGUCAAGGGCCGAUAGCUCGUAAAUUGAUCGAGCAAGGCCAAAUCGAAGGAGAAUGGAUAUGCUUGCAAAAUUGCCACUUGGCCGCUUCCUGGAUGCCCAGUCUGGAGACCAUCUGUGAGAGUUUCGAUCCCUCGAACACCCAUUUGAGUUUUCGCCUUUGGUUGACCAGCUAUCCGUCCGAACACUUUCCCAUCACUAUCCUGCAGAACGGCGUAAAGAUGACCAACGAGCCGCCCACCGGUUUGCAAAACAACAUUAUGAGGUCCUAUAAAGCCGAGGCAGCUAGAGACCCGGGAUUCUUUGACACGUUCCCUAAGAAGAAGAGAGCGUACUCCAAGUUACUUUAUGCCCUGUGUUUCUUUCAUGCUGUGGUGCAGGAGAGGCGGAACUACGGAGCCCAGGGCUGGAACAUAAAAUACGGCUUCAAUGAGUCCGAUCUGCAAAUAUCUGCCCAACAGCUCCAAUUGUAUAUAAACGAUUAUGUCGAGAUCCCGUUCAAAGCGAUCCUGUAUUUGACUGGCGAGUGCAAUUAUGGGGGCAGAGUCACGGAUGAGAGGGAUCGCAGGUGUCUGAACACUAUACUACAAGACUUCUUCAACUUGGACGUGAUCACGGAUGCGAAUUACUCGUUCGCUCCAAAUGCUGGCCCAGAAUACGCUUUACCAAAAAAACACGAAUAUGAUGAUUACAUCAAGCUGAUUCAAGGGAUCCCAUUGAACCCACCGCCCGAGACACUUGGUCUUCAUAUGAACGCGGGGAUAACGCGAGACCUCGAAUUAGCCAACAUAUUCUUUAGGUCAAUGUUGCUGAUACAGGGAACCGGGACAGUGGGUGACACUUCCAAGCAGGACGAGAUACUGCUCAAUAUGAAAAAAGACAUAUACGGUAGGUUGCCGGUAUUGUUUGACAUUGAGGAAGCCGAGAAACGAUAUCCUGUGAUGUACAUGGAAUCCAUGAACACGGUGUUGAUACAAGAGCUAGAGAGGUAUAAUACUCUGCUGCACGAAAUGCGGCAAUCUCUCUCGAUGCUCGAGAAUGCAGUCAAGGGAUUAAUAGUGAUGACUCCUGAUCUCGAGGAUCUAGCUAUUCAUAUAUUAAGCUCGAGGAUACCACAAUCGUGGACAAAAGCGUGCGCCUAUCCGAGCUUGAAACCAUUGCCGAGUUUCAUCAACGACUUUCUGGACCGAUUAAAUUUCUUCCGAAAUUGGUUGGUAUAUGGAAUACCAAAGACAUUCUGGAUAUCCGGUUUCUCCUUCGCACAUGCUUUCCUUACGGCGACCAUGCAAAACUUUGCGAGAAAGUACAAGAUACCGAUUGAUAGGAUUGACUUCGACUUUAAGGUGCUACCGACGUAUGAAUUAGAGGAAUCGCCGAUAGACGGCGUUUAUAUUUAUGGAAUGUUCUUAGCCGGCGCGAGAUGGGACACGCAAAUCAUGCUGCUCGAAGAGAGUUAUCCGAAAAUCUUAUGGGAUCGUAUGCCGAUUAUAUGGACGAGACCAACUCACAUAGAAUCGAUAACUAUCGGUCAACGAUAUGAGUGCCCCCUUUAUAUCACUUCCGCCCGUUUCGGUAUACUGAAAACGACCGGACAUUCAACAAAUUAUGUAUUGUCACUUUUAUUAGACACCAAAUAUCCUGUUAGUCACUGGAUCAAACGAGGCCUCGCUUUGUUGUGUCAGCUAGACAAUUAAUAUCGUAACAAAAAGUUCAAACAGUCGAUAUACAGGAUGUCCCAUUUGACAGGGUACGUACAUGAUUUGGUAGUGGGAGCCACAUGUCGUGCACACAGUCGGUAACGUAACACUAUUAUGGCGCUUUAUCAAAGCUCUUUAAAUCCUUCGGAGAAAGGAAUAUGUAGAUAUUCUAAACAUCGAAUAAAGUUUGAUUAACAUUUGCAAACUUAUGAGACAAGAAA